GACUAUUUCGCACAGAUGAAAUUUAAUACAACAUCACCCUACACUAGAGCUAAUGAAGAAACCAAACAUGAUAUCUAUGCCCAAGAAAGCAAGGUAGCUUCGUGGUCUGAUUAUCCUUUCGUGGCAGUUUAUAUAAAUGAGCCCUUUCAGGUACUAUGUGACGCAGCAGCAAUAAGCCAGCACUGGUUGGUCACGGCUGGAUCUUGUCUUUCAAGGCAACAUCGUACUGGUUUCACGUCUGAUGGUCGGUCAGCAUAUGUCACAUAUUGUGGAGCAGCCUGGAGACAGCCAGAAAGAAUAGCCUAUGUGAAGUAUACGCUUGUACAUCCUAAAUAUAACCCGCGAGUAAGGAGUAGACAGUUUGUUUAUAAUAUCGGUCUUAUUCAAGUCGUAGGCUCCUUGAUGUCUGCAUGUCCAGGGUGGGCUCCGAUUACAUUGAUGUCUCAUCACUUUACUAGUUUAGAUGGAUCUACGGCUUCUGCUGUUGGAUGGGGCUUAGACAGAUAUGCUGCCAAAUACCCAGACGCAGAAAUUCCGACACACCCUUUAAUGGUAUACAAAGGGUCAAUUCAUUCCGAUCAUUGUCCAGGAAAUGUUGGGUACUACGAAGCGAAAAAAGUUGAAACGUUAAAUGUUAUAAAAAAUGUGUACUGCCUUUCACUGCCGCCUUAUAAAAAGGAGGAAACUGACCCUGUUCAUGGUAGCCUUCUUUUAAUUGGUGGAAAACUGAUAGCGCUUUAUUUACAGGAAGAACGUCGCGGUUGGGGGGAACAGUCGGCGCAGUACACGGCUGUUUGGCAACUCAUCCCUUGGGUCCUGGAGGUGGCUAGGGAGCCCGAAGAUAUCGACGCCUUCACUGCCGACAUCUGAAUUUCCGGACCCGAUAUUUUUGACUUUUUUUUCUAUGUUCGUAUUCUAAAAA